AUGAACACACCUGAACCUACUAUUCAGAAUAUUUUGGACUCAAAUACUUUGCGUUGGAUCUUUGUCGGAGGUAAAGGUGGAGUUGGAAAAACGACAUGCAGUUGCAGCAUUGCUGUUCAAAUGGCCAAAGUGCGUGAGCGUGUUCUCAUUUUGAGCACGGAUCCUGCUCAUAACCUUUCGGAUGCGUUUGACCAAAAGUUUUCGAAAAAUCCUACUAAAGUUAGGGGUUUUAAUAAUCUUUUUGCUAUGGAAAUUGAUCCAAAUGUGAACUUAGGAGAGUUCGAAGAGGAUCUGGUUGGUUCUGAAGAAGCAGCAGUUUCCGCUGAUAUACGUAAAACCAUCGGUCACUUGAUGACUUCUUUCCCUGGAGUGGAUGAGUAUAUGUCUUAUACAGAGGUGUUCCGGUUGGUCCGCAAUAUGGAUUAUUCAGUCGUCAUUUUUGAUACUGCUCCUACUGGCCACACACUACGAUUGUUAGCGUUUCCAGAGGCUAUGGAGAAAAGCCUUAGCAAAGUAGUCUCAAUGAAAAAUCAGUUCGCUCCAAUUUUAAACCAAUUAAUGGGUUUAGUCGGAAUGAACAGUACACAAGGUGGUGAUUUAACAAAUGCAAUAGAAACACGUUUACCUAUCGUUAAAGAAAUAACAAAGCAGUUCAAAGAUUCCACUCAGACUACAUUUGUAUGUGUUUGCAUACCCGAAUUCUUAAGCAUGUACGAAACGGAACGCUUAGUUCAAGAACUCACUGCACACGAUAUUGAUGUCCACAAUGUCAUUGUAAAUCAACUAUUGUUUCCAAAUUUAUUAUCAUCAUGUGAUGUCUCACCUAAGGAUCAUUCGAAUGAACCUCCAUCUAAUUGUCGAAUGUGCUUAGCACGUCAUCGAAUACAAUCGAAAUAUCUGGAACAAAUUUUAGAACUAUAUGAAGACAUGCAUGUCAUACAAUUACCUCAAUUAGAAAAUGAGGAAAUAAAAAUUAUAGGAUUUGCACGUUAUUUGUAA